UUGAACUCUGCGUGGGUCGUCAUGUUGCGUUAUUGAAACUCCUUAUUGUUUUCGCGCCAUAACAAGGCUUAGGAAAACGCUGUAUGGAUAGAUGAUCCGUGCUCACAGAAUGGGAUAUACAUUCAUACUGAUCCUUUUUGGAUUGUGCCUGAACACUGAAGUCGUGAAAAGCACCUCCGAGUGUUCAGUUAUCGGCUAUAAUGCCAUCUGCAUAAACAGAGGUCUUCAUCAGGUGCCAGAGCUGCCCGCGCAUGUCAAUUAUGUGGAUCUGAGUUUAAACAGCAUCGCUGAACUCAACGAAACAUCUUUUUCUCGUCUUCAAGAUUUACAAUUCCUCAAAGUGGAGCAACAAACACCAGGACUCGUGAUCAGAAACAACACGUUUAGAGGACUCUCCAGUCUAAUAAUACUUAAAUUAGACUACAACCAAUUCCUACAAUUAGAGACGGGCGCGUUUAAUGGAUUAGCAAACCUUGAAGUGCUCACUCUCACGCAGUGUAAUUUAGAUGGUGCUGUUUUGUCUGGUAACUUCUUCAAACCUCUGACAUCUCUUGAGAUGCUUGUCUUGCGUGAUAACAACAUUAAAAAAAUCCAGCCAGCUUCAUUCUUCCUUAAUAUGAGGCGAUUUCAUGUGCUGGAUCUGACUUUCAACAAAGUGAAGAGCAUCUGUGAGGAAGACCUCCUGAACUUUCAGGGUAAACAUUUCACACUCCUCAGACUGUCCUCCAUAACACUGCAAGACAUGAAUGAGUACUGGUUAGGAUGGGAGAAAUGUGGAAACCCAUUUAAGAAUACUUCAAUAACCACAUUGGAUCUAUCUGGAAACGGCUUUAAAGAGUCAAUGGCGAAGCGUUUUUUUGAUGCAAUCGCUGGUACCAAAAUCCAAAGUCUCAUUCUCAGUAAUAGUUACAAUAUGGGGAGUUCAUUUGGACAUACCAAUUUUAAGGAUCCAGACAAUUUUACAUUCAAGGGUCUUGAAGCGAGUGGUGUUAAGACUUGUGAUUUAUCCAAAUCAAAAAUCUUUGCUCUGCUGAAAUCAGUAUUUAGUCAUUUCACAGACCUAGAACAACUGACCUUGGCGCAAAAUGAGAUCAACAAGAUUGACGAUAACGCAUUUUGGGGUUUGACACAUUUGCUAAAGCUAAACCUGUCCCAAAAUUUCCUCGGUAGCAUCGAUUCGAGAAUGUUUGAAAAUCUUGACAAACUUGAGGUGCUCGAUUUGUCUUAUAACCAUAUAAGGGCUCUUGGAGAUCAAUCGUUUCUGGGACUCCCAAACUUACGCAAAUUAAACUUAACAGGAAACGCUGUGGAGUCAGUCCAUACAUUUGCUGCCUUACCAAACCUGAACAAACUCUACUUGGGUAAAAACAGAAUUUCAUCUGUGUCUAGUUUACCCAACAUCGCACACAAUCUUUCAACACUUGACCUGGAAUUUAACAAACUACACGCCUUGUCAGAUUUGUACACAAUAUUACGAGAAUUUCCUCAAAUAGAAAAUAUAUUUCUUCAAGGUAACACCUUCUCAAGCUGUUAUAAUCAAAAACAGAUAGUGCUUUCAGACAAACUUCAACUCCUCCAUCUUGGGCUUUCAAGUAUGCAGCUGAUCUGGUCAGAAGGAAAAUGUUUAAACGUGUUUGCCGAUCUUCACCAGUUACAGCAGCUGUCUCUGACCGCCAAUGGACUGCAGUCACUUCCCAAAGACAUCUUCAAAGACCUUACAUCUCUGUUCUUUUUAGAUUUGUCUUUCAACUCUUUGAAAUACCUUCCCACUGAUGUAUUCCCCAAAAGUCUUCAAAUUCUUAAUCUCGACUAUAAUUCAAUUUAUUCAGUAGAUCCGAAUCUCUUCAGCACCCUCAGCUACCUCAGCCUGAUGAAUAACGAUUUCCGAUGUGAUUGUGACUUGAAGGAUUUCCAAACAUGGCUAAAUCAAACCAACGUAACCUUCGUUCACCCUAUUGAGGAUGUGACGUGUGCCAGUCCUGAGGAUCAGUACAUGGUUCCGGUUGUAAAAUCCAGUAUACAAUGUGAGAAUGAAGAGGAGGAGAGAAGAACUGAAAAACUAAGACUUGUGCUUUUUAUUGUCUGCACUGUAUUGAUUAUAUUAUUCACCGCCAGCACCAUUGUUUACAUUAGUCGACGCGGUGUCAUCUUUAAGAUGUACAAAAAACUAAUUGGCGAACUUGUGGAUGGAAAGCGUGAGGAGCCUGAUCCUGAUAGAUUUUUGUACGAUGUGUACCUGUGUUUCAGUUCUAAAGACAUGAAGUGGGUAGAAAGAGCGUUGUUGAAGAGGCUGGACUCUCAGUUUUCAGAGCACAACACACUCCGCUGCUGCUUCGAGGAGCGAGACUUCAUCCCCGGGGAGGACCAUCUUACCAAUAUGAGAAGUGCCAUCCAGAAUAGUCGAAAAACCAUUUGCGUGGUGUCUGAACACUUCCUGAAGGACGGCUGGUGUCUAGAAACAUUCACCCUGGCACAAAAAAGGAUGCAAGCAGAGCUUGAGGACAUUCUGGUGGUGCUUGUUGUAGGAAACAUACCGCAGUACAGGUUACUGAAGUACAAACAAGUGAGAUCCUUCAUUGAGAACAGAAGUUACCUCGUGUGGCCUGAUGACUGUCAAGACUUGGAGUGGUUUUAUGACCAACUUCUGCACAAGAUAAGAAAAGAUAUCAAGAUUAAUCAAACGACCAAAGAAAUAAAGCGUGAGGAAGCCAAUUUCAACACCAACACAGCAGUAUAAUCAUGGUAGACUUAUUAUACAUUUAG